UAAAGAAGCAAAUCCUAGCUCAGCUCCUGGCGAGAGCCAUGAAUUUUCUGGCUAUCCACUCACAUCCUGAGAAGAAGAGAGAAGAGAGAAAAAAGGAGAGCAAAGUCAAGAUUGAAAACAGACGCCGGCACUUUCUGCAAAAGAGAGUACCUUUCAUUCCAGCAGAGCUCAGACCCUGAAAGAAAAGCUGGAGAGCUUUGCUUUUCUCUCUGUUCAUCGGAAUGGAAUCACUUUGAUUUCCUGGCAAUGAAAAACGACCCUCCGACAGUGGAUCAUAUAUUUAUUUGAAUUGAUUUCUUUUCUUGCUCUUUUUGACACUCUAGCCAAAAGGCUGUCCAAUUCAAAGAAAAACAGCUCACCCUAAAGGCUACAAGAGACUUCUUGGGUAUUGCAAAGGAUUUAUUAAUGUAUAAGAGCUAACACCCGAAACAUUCUCAAAGGGCAAACCACUGAAGGCAUUUAUCGAUAUAUUUCUGCAGACUAAAGGAGCUCUGCUACAACAGUAAGGACCUCUCUUCAUCUCAGAGAGAAAAGCCCACAGGAGCAUAGAUAGCUAUCUUGACCAACCGACAACACAGUGUGGUGAAAAACAAGUGAACAGGAACUCUACAAGAGUCAAUUUAUGCUGGCACUAUGAAGAUGGUCUUGGCAAAGGUGAUACCUUUGGUGGCUGCCUUUGCAGUGUUCCUGCAGUUUUGUCCUGAAGCCCUCAGUCUGGAGUUGACCCCCAGUGAGAAGGAGGUCAUACUGGUCACCAACUCUUCCUUCACUGUGGUCUGUUCCGGAUGGAGCAAGGUGACCUGGAAGUCUCCCCAUGACCUCAGCAUGGAGGGGGUGGUCGUGGAGGACAGGGGAACUACCAGUGUGUUGGUUCUCCACAACGUCACCUGGAGGCACUCUGGAAACUACGUCUGUGAGGAACGUGCCACUGAGGAGGCUAAAGAUAUAUCAGUGUUUGUACCAGAUCCUGUGGAAUGGUUUGUUCCCCUGAGGCCAGCAGUAGUGAUGAAGGAAGGAGAGGAAGGCACUAUUCCCUGCGUUGUGUCCGACCCCAGCAUUAAUGUCACCCUGUAUGAGAAAGGCAUCAAUAUGCCUUUGGAGGGCACGUACCACCCUGGUAAAGGGUUCACCGCUGUCCUGAAAGACACCACCUACAUCUGCCGAGGGGCCAAGAAUGAAGAGGAGAAGGUGUCUCAGCAGUUUUACGUCCACACCAUUUUGGUCCCAAAAUCCGUGAACCCCCUGAUAACAGUCUCAAAGGCUGUGCUGAAACAAGGAGAGGCCGUAAUGGUUAAUUGUACUGUAAAAGACGCAGAGUUCGUUUACUUCACAUGGGACUUUCCGCGUAAAGAUAUAAUCGAACCACUGACAGACUUUGUAACGGGGAAGGAGGUCAAAGUUCGUUCCUUCUUAAACAUCUCCAGUGCUACUCUGGAGGACUCUGGUCACUACAUAUGCCAGGUGCAAGACACAGUUUCAGGACAGUCAGCCAUGGAUAAUACAACAGUCACUGUUCUGGAACAGGGUUUUGUAGACUUGGAACCGUCUGCAAGCACCAAUGUUUCGGCACUGCUGUAUGAGACCGUUGAGCUAACGGUUCAGAUUGAAGCAUACCCCGAACCUCAGGUGUUCUGGAUCAGAGACAACACCACCGUCACUGGGGAAACGGUAUCCACGAACAACAGAUGGGUUCAUGGCACCAGUUACCUCAGUACUCUCACCUUGGUAAGAAUCAGGAUGAAACAAAGGGGCUUCUACACUCUCCAGGUGGCCAACGAAGAUGACAACAAGGAGAUAACCUUUGAUCUACAGGUGAAGGCACCUCCAAAGAUGCUAGAUCUUUCUGAUCAGCACAUGGACCAGGGACACGGCGUGCUCUGUGUCACAGAGGGGGUUCCCACGCCCACCGUUCACUGGUACAGCUGUGAAAGCACUGGAAAAUGUGAUAAUAAGACCACAGCAUGGAAGCCUCUGUCAGCUGAUCCCGAGAACAUCAGCAUUCAGACCAAUGUGAGUUACGUCGAGACCUCAGGGUUCAACCAGGUGCGUAGCCUUUUGACCUUCCGGACCAUGGGGAGGGUCACAUCAGUGCGCUGCGAAGUCCGCAACGAAAGAGGGCGGAGGGCCUGGGACAUCAAACUGGUGUCCAACUCUCUGUUCUCCCAGGUGGCUAUUCUGGCUGCAGUGUUAGUCUUGGUGGUCAUCGCUGUCAUCUUUUUCAUCAUCCUCAUUGCCCUCUGGAGAAAGAAGCCCCGCUAUGAGAUCCGUUGGAAGGUGAUUGAGUCUGUGAGCUCAGAUGGCCUUGAGUACACCUACCUGGAUCCAAUGCAGCUGCCGUAUGACAGUUUGUGGGAGGUGCCCCGCGACAACCUAGUACUGGGUCAUACUCUGGGUUCUGGAGCAUUCGGGAGGGUCGUGGAAGCCACAGUAUACGGCCUUGGUUGCUCUCAGUCCACCACUAAAGUGGCUGUGAAGAUGCUCAAGUCCACAGCAAGGAGAAGUGAGACUCUAGCUUUGAUAUCUGAGCUGAAGAUCAUGAGUCAUCUUGGGCCUCAUCUGAACAUCGUCAACCUACUGGGGGCCUGUACUAAACAAGGACCUAUUUACCUCAUAACGGAGUACUGUCGCUAUGGUGACCUGGUUGACUACCUUCACCGCAACAAGCAUACCUUCCUGGAGUACUAUGCAGACCAAAACCACAGGGAAAUGGACAUGUCAGGCGCCAGCACAGAGAGUACAGUCCAAAUCCAAGGAAGAAGUGAGAGUGAUGGUGGUUACAUGGACAUGACCAGGGAGGAUUCUUUAAAAUAUGUCCCCAUGCAAGAACUGAGCGACAAUAUCAAGUACGCCGACAUCGAGGCUUCAGCCUACAACACACCCUAUCACAACAACUACCAAGUGCAAGGCCAAGAGGGAACGGAUGUGAUGUUGUCUAUCAGUGACUCCCCAGUUCUGAGCUACACAGAUCUAGUGGGCUUCAGCUACCAAGUGUCAAAGGGCAUGGACUUCCUGGCAUCUAACAACUGUGUUCACCGCGACCUGGCUGCCAGAAAUGUGCUCAUCUGUGAGGGAAAGCUGGUUAAAAUCUGUGACUUUGGCCUGGCUCGUGACGUCAUGAACGACUCCAACUAUGUAGCCAAAGGCAGUACAUUCCUGCCACUGAAGUGGAUGGCUCCAGAAAGUAUCUUCCAGAACCUCUAUACAACAUUCAGCGAUGUUUGGUCUUUUGGCAUUCUGCUUUGGGAAAUCUUCAGUCUAGGAGGAACGCCCUAUCCUGACAUUCCCAUGAAUGAACAGUUCUAUACUGCAUUGAAAAGAGGCUACAGGAUGCCCAAACCCACACAUGCAACAGACGAUAUCUAUGAUGUCAUGUCUAAAUGUUGGGAUGAGAAAUGCGAGAAGAGACCUUCAUUUGCCUCUCUGUCUCAUUCGAUAGGAGAGCUUUUGACCGACACUUACAAAAAGAAAUACACCCAGGUGAAUGAGAGCUUCCUGAAGAGCGACCACCCUGCUGUGUUCAGAACAAAACCAAGAUCUGUGGGGAACCUGGCUGCAUUCCCAGAAGAUAUCUCCUCAGGGGAUCCAGCAGCACAGGACAUGGAGUUAAGAGGGAAGACCAGGGAGAUGGCAGAGACAAGGAAGGAGGAAGGCCCCUCCGAAUAUGUCAUCCCCAUCCCAGAUAUCCAUGCUAUUGUAGAGGCAGAAGAAGGUGGUGAGGUGCUGGACACAGCCACAGAGAGUAUUUCAAGGCCUUCGAGCAUAACCAACCAGAUUGAUACUGACCCAACCCCCCUUGAUGGGCCAGAAAUAUUCCUAAAAGAAACAGUAAGCAGCACAGAGGUAGAUAACCCCAACGCAGAGGAAGAUGUGCCUGUCCCCACUCAAGAAAAGAUCCCCCAGUCUUCAAGCAUGUCUGAAGUGGAGGAGAGUUUUCUGUAGCCAAACUACAGAGGUAUUGUCCGAGGUGUCCACUGUACAGGACAAUUUGGCACAUGCUUUAUAUGCAUAUGUAAGAAGGAAGUUUUACAAGUCAGUACCAACUACAUUCUAAGACUUAGAGUAAAUCAUAUUUUAGUUUUCAGCUAAGUGUUUUUGCACAUUUGACUGUCUUCAUACUGGAUGCCAAAACAUGAAAAUUUUAACCACAAGUUGAAAAUACUGAACCUGCAUUAUACAUCCCUGUUUCCAAAGAAAGUUGGGACGCUGUGUAAAAUGCACAUAAAAU